AUGCUGCGGGAGGAUGCCAAAACCCGCCAAAUGCCAAUCGCGGUCGUCGUAGAGGCCCCUGUGGAAGAGAUAGUGACAUUCACGCAGGACGAGGCCUCUCGCAGACAAUUCAAGGCCUUUGCACACGUCCCUCUACAUGGAACAAUAAAGCUGUGUGUGCUCGACCUCACGGACGUUGUGCUGCCUUCGACACUCGAGUUGUUCGCGCCGAGCCUCUCGCGGCUACGUGACGCAAGGCGGAAUCGCGAGACAAACGACAUCAGCAGCGGCGGCGAGGAUACCUCGUGGCAGGCGUAUCUGCGCCGCUACCGCGCCGUCAGCUCGGCUGUGGGCGCCGAUGCCGAGCUCUCGCCGGAGUUCGUGCCUUCUGACUUCUCCAGUGUACACGAGCGGCUGCCGUCGCUGGAGCUGCCGUCCUCUGGCGUGACGGCAUCGAGCGAGCCAGGCGGUCUGAGCGGCGACUCCUCGCUCGACACGCGGCAGCGCGCGACGAAGAAGCAGGAGAACCCCAUCCCCAGCUGCUGGUCGGCGGAGAACUCGCGGAAACUUUUCUCGACACCGCCNGCGCGACGAAGAAGCAGGAGAACCCCAUCCCCAGCUGCUGGUCGGCGGAGAACUCGCGGAAACUUUUCUCGACACCGCCAGUGCGGCCAGUGGCACCAACCUGGGGCGGCCACACCUUCAACCUGGACAAGCCGCCGUCCACCGCACCGUUUGCGCAGAAACAAUAGCGGUAUUACCCAAGAAAUCAACAAAUGA